GGUUGGUUACCUAGAUAAGUUAUGAUACCAAUAUUACUACCUCUGGUUCUGCUCUGGUGCCUAGAAGCCCCUCCUCAUUCCUGGAUCUUGGUAGGCGCGGAAGAAGCCGAUGACAAGGGGUUUCACUACUUAGGUAUGAUGACGGUCUACACUCCCUAUUCUACUAUUCUCUUACAGAACAGAGGGAAGGACAGAACCUUAUGAUGCUAUUGUGGCUUGAUCAGUCAAAGAAGGGUUGAGGCUGUGACAAGAGCCGGCCAGUACCAGCAUCAUAAGUAUGCUUGUGAAAGUGACGUCAUUGUCAGGUUCAAGAUGGCCCAACAAGUACUAGCGCCAAAGGUGCCCUCACCAUCUUGGCAAUCACGUCCGAUAAGAACGAUAAGACCAAAAAGAACCACAAAGUGAUACCUCGGUACCCAGGUAACAUGUACUUGCCAUCUUCUCCACAAAGCCCACAAGGCUUGCUAGAGCUUCCUUGCUGACCAAUCCAGGCUGUGGUAUAAGAGUCAUCUCGGUGAGUUGUGCAUUUGCAUCGCAGACUUGCGGCUCAACAAUCUUCAAUCUUGUCUGCAUCAUGAAGGCUCAAAGGUAUGGGAUCGCAGCCCUUCGCCGGGCCUCGGCCUCUUUGCCAUCACCGGCACCUAAGAUUGCCUCACCUUGGGUCCUGGCAAGGCAAACACCACCGGCUGGCUCAUUCGGCAACUCAAACUCAAGCCAUGGGGCAAGACGGUUGUACUCACAGUCUCCUAACGCGGCUCAGAGCGAGGCUUCAAAUCCCGCAAUGGCGUUUCCUUGCCUCGAUGCUCUGGAGACAAGGUCUGCAACUCUAGAGGCAAGGUCACUGUCGAGCGGGCCGGAACCCGCCUACACCGUUGGCGAUGUUGAAGUCUUUCGCUAUGAAGAACCGUUCCUACUUGACUGGGGUGGUGUUCUUCCUAGGUUCGAAAUAGCCUACGAAACUUGGGGGCAGAUGAACUCUGACAAGUCGAACGUCAUUCUUCUACACACAGGUCUGUCUGCUUCUUCUCAUGCUCACUCCACCGAAGACAACCCACAGCCUGGAUGGUGGGAGAAGUUCAUAGGCCCCGGAAAAUGCUUGGAUACUAAUAAGUACUUCAUCAUUUGCACCAAUGUUAUUGGGGGUUGUUUUGGAUCCACUGGUCCGAGUGACAUUGACCCAGCAGAUGGCCAGAGAUACGCAACUCGGUUCCCCAUUGUCACUAUCGAAGAUAUGGUUAGGGCCCAGUUCAAACUUCUGGAAGGCCUGGGUGUAGAGAAGUUAUAUGCCAGCGUGGGUUCCAGCAUGGGAGGCAUGCAGUCUUUAGCGGCGGGCGUGCUGUUUCCUCAAAAGGUUGGCCGUAUCGUCUCGAUCAGUGGCUGUGCACGGAGCCAUCCGUAUAGUAUUGCUAUGCGCCAUACGCAACGACAAGUCUUGAUGAUGGAUCCCAAUUGGAAUCGCGGGUUUUAUUACGGAAAGAUCCCGCCACAUGCUGGGAUGAAGCUGGCAAGAGAGAUCGCCACUGUCACUUAUCGCUCCGGCCCCGAGUGGGAACAGCGAUUUGGCCGGAGACGAGCGGAUUCCACCAAGCCACCAGCCUUGUGCCCCGACUUUCUCAUCGAGACAUACUUGGAUCACGCUGGCGAGAAGUUCUGUCUGACAUAUGACCCUAAUAGCCUUCUCUAUAUCAGCAAGGCGAUGGACCUCUUCGAUCUCGGCCUUACUAAUCAAGAAAACGCUACUCUGAGAAGACAGUCAGGGUCGUUGACAGGGAUAAAUAAUGCUUCGUGUAGUCUCACGCUGCCAGAUGUGCCUUACGCCGAACGAACAGAUACCGAAACACCAUUGGAUGAGACCGAGAUAUCCGUUCCAGCUGAUUCUCGACCGCCACAGGAUCUCAUUGCUGGGCUAGCUGCGCUUCGAGACAUUCCUACGCUGGUCAUGGGAGUUGCUAGCGAUAUUCUUUUCCCCGCCUGGCAACAGCGUGAGGUUGCCAACGCACUUCGACUCGCGGGCAAUAGGAACGUCACCCAUGUGGAGUUAAGUGAGGAGCAAAGCAUGUUUGGACACGACACUUUCCUUCUUGAUCUUCAGAAUGUUGGUGGAAAUGUCAAGAAUUUUCUCGGAUAGAAAAGCGAAAUGUUGGCGGCAUCUGUUAUUGGCCGGUAACCACGACUGCAGCGCAACUGUCUGGUCAGCGGUAGCUCAGGAUGAUGAUUUACUGAGCCUUGAUUACUGGUAGAUAAUCCUCACUGCAACUUCCUGUUGUAGCAAGCGCAAACCUUUCGCAUGGAUGUAGUGAUAGUGUUCGGUCAUGUCAGCUGCCAGUUUACCUAUUAUCUGAACUCGUUACCCCUUUUCGACUUCGACCCAAGUUGUGGUGUUCACUCAGCUCGGACAUGGUGGGGAGGUGCGCGAUAUAUGGCUAUACCCCAUAUAGCAAUCUUGCGAAGGGCUUAUAGUGAUAAUUGUACUCAUCUACCUCGGGCCCUUGGAUCUGCCCCUCCCCCUCCACGGGUCAAGUCGACGGAUCAAGUCAAACGGAGCCCCGGCCCCACGCUGGAAGUACGAAGGAGGCAUCAGGUGUCAACCUUUAAACUCUCGGACCCCUCGCCUCCUAGGUAUUAGGGGCUUGAGUAUCUGUAUCAUUGUACCCGUCUAUUGGUUAUCAGUUACCGGCUACCAGUCACUAGUUUCCAGCUCGACAGCGCCUUCCG